AUGUUCACAUACGUUGUAAACGGUAAGCCCACUUAUAUUAUGACAUGCUUAAGGGAACAUAGUGAAAUUCGUUUCUAUGUUACAGUUGAGACACGUAGAUUAUACGAUUUCUAUUACAUGCUGAAAAAAUAUCCAUUGUAUUUUACAAAUACAAAAAAUUCGAAGCAAGUCACAACGAGAAAAUCCAAAUGCCAAGACCCGCCAGAGGAAAAGUUUAAAAUUCGCAAUAAAAAAUAAUUAAAAUCAGACAUAUUCUUUUCUAUUCUUCAAUGUAUAUAAUAAUAUAAUAAUGCCAUCUUCCUUGUACCUUUCUAUACUAAAUUACUGUAAUUUUAGAACUUCCCCAACCAAUAAAGAAAAAAGAAAGGAAAAUGUACAACAUGAUUGUAAAAGGUAAGCCCCAUUUAUAUUAUGACAUGCUUAAGGAAACGGAGUGAAAUUAGUUUCUAUUUUACAGUUGAAACACGUAGUUUAGACGACUUUACUACACCUUUUGACACUUUACAUCUGCCUAUGAAUUUCCGGUAUGCUGCGAAAUAUUUUUUGAUCGCGAGCUGCGCCCUACAAUUAUAUUUUGCGCAUUUUUAUACGAUUUUUUCCACAAAAUAGUCGACAAAAUCUCGGACAGAGUAGUGGAAUGGAUCAUAGAGUUCGUUAUAUCGUUUUCAGAAAAGGGGGAGAGUUCGCCUGCAACGGUUUGGACGAUUUUUACACUUUUUUUUUACAUUUUUUUGCUCGUGAGCUGCGCCCUAUAAUUUGAUGUUUCGGACAUUUUUAUAAGAUUUUUUCCAGUUGUCGUUGAGAAGCUGGCGGAGACGGCCGCCGAGCGGUUCGCGGAGGCCGUCGUGGAAUUACUGAUUGCAUGGAUUCGUCGACUCGACGGUAUGUAAGGACGUGAUUGUGUACAUAGUGUAUAUAUGUUUUUUAACGUUUAUUUUGUUAGCUAACCCAUAUUUCCUGAUUGCUGGCGAAGUUGCAAUCGCGUCAUCCCUUCUGGGGUGACAUGCGUAGGGAUGGGACGACACACUUAUUGAUUCUUCAAUUUUUGCUGACCAUCUUCACAAACCUAGUCGGCAUCAGGAAAAAAUUGAAAAAUAUAUUGUUUUCAUUUUUUUGGCUCUUUUGUGCUUUGUCAUUAACCGCUUCUUUUAUUUGCAGAAUUUGGGCUCGGUCACAAACAAUAUGCAAGAUGCAUAUCAUGGAUAGUAGACUGGAUAAGGCAUUCUUUGAUUAGAACUGUAUUAAUUCUGUGGAAGUUGAGUUCUGUUAUUCCUCUUUACAAAAGUUGUUAG